AUGCCCCUCCCCCCGCUCCACUCCCUGCCCCUCAAUCCCACCACCGGCCAGCAGCCCCACCCCUCCCUCACCACCCGCAACUCUGGCCACCCGCCACCCGCAGGCACUUCGACAGGAGGCGUCAGCAGGGAGACUUUGAAGGCGCUUCAUGAUGUGUAUUGGAGUGACGAUGAGGAUGAUCCCGACUGUCUUCUCUGUGCAGAGCCUCUGGAUCUGUCUGAUCUGAAUUUCAAACCAUGUCAAUGUGGUCUACAGAUCUGCCAGUUCUGCUACAACAAGCUCCUGUCCUCGGAUGCUCGAUGUCCAGGGUGUCGACGGACGUACGAUACCAAAGCCGUCGUCUUUCAACCUGUCGACUGGGAAGAAGUCAAAAAGGCAAAGGAAAAGAAGGCAAAAAAGGCAAAGACGAUAAAGCAGUUGACGGGUACCGGCCGUCGGCAUCUCUUGGGUGUUCGCAUCGUCAUGAAAAACACCGCCUACGUGAUAGGGAUGAAAAUUCCGAGUCCAGGCGAUGAAGCCCUCUCAAUUCUUCGCUCCAACGACUACUUUGGACAAUACGGCAAAAUCUCUAAACUCUACCUCGCCGACUCAAAAGCCGUCUCUACCGCCGUCCCUUCGAUCGGCGACGAUUCGUUCGCCCCUGGCAUCUACAUUGUCUUUGUGAGGAGGGAGGAUGCAGCGAGGUGUAUCAGCUCGUUGGAUGGAAUUCCAGCGCCUCAGGGGCCGCCUGGAGCGACUCUGAAGGCGACUUAUGGAACCACUAGAUAUUGCGAGGCUUUCCUGAAGGGAAUGAAGUGUGACAACUCUGGGUGCCAUAGCUUGCACGAGUGGGGAGGAGAGAGCGACUGUUUCACCAAGGAAGAUCUGGAGACUGCUUUCACUCGCCCGACCGAGUACGAUGCCAGGCAAAAGCAAGCUUCUCAAUCAACACCCUCGCAGAGCGUCCCUUCGUUGAUGUCAAAGGUCGCUUGGCCAAAGCCCUCGGGCGACGACAGUCAAUCUCUGUCUUCGGCUGCCACAGGUCUUCCGAGUGCUGCAAGCUGGGGCAAGGGCAUCGGUGCCAAGAUUCCCAGCCGCGUUGGCCCCCCUGGCCCCGGUGCUAUCUCCCGACCCACCAAGAUUAGCAACGUCUUACCCAUCAAGAACAAUGCCGCUUUCCCACUUCCCACCCCUUCGCCCACAAUCCCCAUCAUCAUCAAGGAGAAAAAGGAGAAAAAGUCAUCAGCCAUGGCGAGGGCGAGAAGCACGGAUUCUUCGGCACCUGGAAGUGCUCAGACCUCACCAAAGCGAAAGGUGCCGGCUUUGACGUCGUCCAAACCCACGGCGGUGUCGAUUCCUGCUCCCACUUCGUCCAAGUCGCCUCCCGCGCCUGUACCUGUAUCUGCUGUUCCCCCGGCUCGAGAAUCUUCACCAGUCUUUGCGCCCGAAUCGCCCGAGGGCUAUGCCGACGAACACAUGUCAGGUGACUCUGACGCGGAACCUUCCUCCGAUUCCCCAGCCCCCCAAACCCCCUCUCGAAUGGCCGACUCGAUCCCUCCUCAGCCCUUGUCCGACGAACCCUUCAUUAUCCACUCCCCCUACCCGGAACCCAUCAUCUUUACCUUCCCCGCCCACGACAAGGACUUUGCGUUUGUGCUUGGGCUGGACGAUGAAGAGUUGCAGAGGGUCCAGGCGCAGGCGGAGGGCUAUGAGCCUAGUCCGUUCAGCAAGACUCUGGAGGGGCUAGCAGAGCUGGGAGUGCACGCACCCGAAGUGCCCGAACUGUUUACGCCUCUGUCUCCUCGGCUGGAUCAUUACUCUGGGUUCUUUAGGCCAUUCGAGGCUGACGAGAAUUCCCCGGCGCUUUCUGACAACACGCCGGGUCCUUCAGAACAGUUGACAGACGACCACAAUGCUCAGCGUACCGAGUCGAGGUUUGGCUUUGCCAGGGCCACCGGUGGUAGUACCCGAACGCAAAGUCCUUUCCGUCGAGGCAUGUCUGACGCGAAUAUGCGCGAUGGGUGGUAUCGCAACGAGCAGCAGCAACAGCAGCAGCAGCCCGAAGCGAAUAGCCACAUAUCAUCGCUUGCUGCGCAGCUGGCUGGCUUUGGCGGGUCGUAUGACUCUGCUUCGGGAGCGUCUGUCUCUGGCGUGACUGAUAGCGCGUGGACCAACGACUCGGCAUAUGCUCCGUCACCUGCUUUGCAGCAGAGAGGGCAACAGCAGACUCAGCAGCAACAGUAUGAUGUGCGAUCCAACGGGAGAUUUGAGCAACCAUUGCUGCCGGGGCAGUUUAUGCAGAAGGGUAUGAGGGAUAGAGAGGAAUUUGACAACUCUCUGCUGGCGAUGCUGCAAUACGGCAACAGCAACCAACAACAACAUCAACCUAUCUACACUCACCAGAACCAACAGUCUCAACAACGGGCCAUGUUUUCUCCCGAGUCUGCUUCCCACUCUAUGCAUGAAGAGCAAGGAGGUCCGUUCUCGCCACUGGCCUACACCCAGAUGCAGCAAGCGCAACAGCCUCAGAUCCACCCAGAUGCUAGGCAGUUGAUGCAUAUGCAUCAGAGGAGGGGCCAGUCGCCUGCGCCUUUAGGUGCCCAUGGCUAUCGUCGAUUCUGA